AUGUGCAAUGAAUCGCUUGGACUUCGUUCUGUUAUAUCUUGCAAGUAUGUGUUCUAUUAUUCAUACAUUGGAAUAUUCACCUGUGACAGGCAGCACCGCGAUGAUAUGGCGGCAUCUUUCCGAUUAGCACGACCCAGAAUAGCAUUGAAUCAGAACAAAUACAUCUGCCCAGCCGAUGUCAAGGAUCCGCUUGCAAAAAAAGAGCUCGUCUUCGUUUCGGAAGAAUUCAUCGCCGAUGAGGAAGUAUCGGCCAAGUCUUGGAAGGAAGGCGAGAAGAUCAAGAAGGCAGCAAAACCGAAAAAGACUAACAAGAAACAGUUGACAGUCGUCGGCAAACAGGAAUUGCUCCGAUUGCAGCAGCAAACACCAGGAGCCAAAUUGCUCGCCAAAGCAAUGAUGGAGAAACCGUCAAGGCCUGUCGCAGUCAAAUAA